AUGAGAGUACAAAAACCCAUAAGGAAUAUUUUGAAGAAACCCAGGUGCACAUCCAAUCUUCGAAAGUUGCAUUCAGCUCCGGAUCACCCAAGACAGGGCGUGCUUGUUGACGAGCGCUUUGGUGAUCUGCUUCCGCAGCAGACAACAGGCGUUUACUUUCUACUGGAAGUACACACACAGGAACCGGGUUUGACCCCGCACGAGAUAGUUGAAGUGGCCGAUACCGAGCCACCGGCCAUGGGCAUGCCUGAUGAGGCGGUAGAACUGGAGGAGGUAUUCGCCGUGCGUGAAGAGCCUCACAACUACAACCAUAAUUAUGAUUCGGACGUCGACAUGCAAGACGGCUAG